AUGGCCGAUCUUAACGAAGUGUUAACACUUGUUCAGGAGGCAGGACAAGUGCAAGAAUCCAUGAUCACCACGAAGAUGCUUAAACCGGGCAGUCCAUGCCUUGCUCUGUUUUCCAGUGACAAAAAGUGGUACAGAGCUCAGUGGUACAGAGCUCAAGUCAUUCGGGGAGAUGACCAAAUGCUCCAUGUCCUGUUUGUUGACUAUGGAAAUGAGUCAGAUGUUGACAUGAAGAAUGUGAAACCUCUGCCCCACAGUCUGCUGAAGAUGGCGCCUCAGGCCUUUUUGUGUCACCUAAAUGGAUUUGAUGAGUCUAAAGGAGCAUGGGAAGACGAGGCUUAUGAGGAGUUCUACAACCUUUUGAUUGACAUACCACUCAAACUUACAGUGAUCGAACCACAUUUCUUUUGGUGCCAGUUUGCCCACACAGAGGAGCUACACAAACUGUCCCAACUUGCCCAUGAGUCUGGACAGGCACUGCAGGACAGCGUUUUCUCUCAAACUAUUGGUCCUGGCAGUCCAUGCCUUGCUUUAUUUUCAAGUGAGAACCAGUGGUACAGAGCUAAAGUAAUUGGGAAAGUUGACCAAACCCUCAGUGUCCUGUUUGUUGACUAUGGAAAUGAGUCAGAGGUUGACAUCAAGAAUGUGAGACCUCUCCCUGAGUGUUUGCUGGAAGCAGCCCCUCAGGCCUUCUUGUGCUGUCUGAACGGAUUUGACAAGUCUAAAGGCUCCUGGGAUGAGAAGGUGUAUGAUGACUUUUAUUACUUGCUGGUUGAUAAGCUUCUCAAACUGAAAGUGUUUGGAAUCGGGCAAUGCCUAGAAAUCUCUGUUCCUCAAUAUGCCGUCGAGAUCGAGUGUGAAGGAGUGGUUGUGAACGUACUGAUGGAGAAAUACUGGAAAGCGGUGGACACGGAGAGUCUACGGACCAACUUAAACAUCUGGGGAACCAAGUUGUGA